CCAGCUUUCAGGAGGCUCCAGUUGCUGCGCUGGCAUCUGGCGCGCGAUGUAUCCAACAAGCUUCGAGCUGUCACGUGAUCAAGGAAAGGACUUUGAAAAUGUGUAAGAAGUCUUGCGCUUGUAACUAAUGUACAUUCUUACGAGCAUAGCUGAUGUGAACAGAGUGUAUGUCUUUAAUAACGUAGCAGCGAGUUGGAAAAGUUUUUUUCUGAAACAUGCACACGCAACAGUGGUGUGCAGCAGCUUCAAUAGUGGAAGCAGAUGUUUGUAUCUGGUUGCAGUGCUGUCUUGUCAUUGCUCUCCUGGUACGCCUUCAUCUGGAAGUAUGCCGUCCUGGCUGUAUAUGGAGCAUAACUUUGGUCAAGUAAUAUCCUGUGUCUCCUGUUGUUUGAUGACAUCCAGGAUUCCUAUGCAGAACCUGCUAUGGCUGUGAGAAAAUCCAAACACUUUAGGAAGAAUAUGAGACUUCUACCGAAUUUCAUGGGAAGAUAACAGUGAAAUCAGUCACACCAUGAGAAGGGUCUAUAUAAAGGGAGAUGUACUUUGCUCCCUGAUUCUGCUGGUGCUGCUCUUUCUGCUGUUAUAUGCCCAUCAAAGAAUGACACCCGUAUGGGGGACAUUGCACAUUGAACAUGGGUCCACCAGCUCAAGAACCCUCCUCAGUGGAGCAUCAAAGGGACUGGAGACAAAGUUAUUCCCUUCAAAAUCUCCAGACAUACCUCCUUGCAAGCCUGAGGUUCAGAUCAAGCCUAAAGCAAAAGGACCAUCAAAGGUCAAAUCUCAGAAAGGACGCAGCAAAGCAAAGUCUAAAUUUCACCAGCCCUCAACGACAGCAAGUCUGCUACCAACACAGGCCUCCUUUGACUUUUACGAUUACCUUCGAAAAAAAGACCUACGGGACUUCAAGCUGCUAAUCGAUCAGCCUACAAAGUGUUCUGGACCAGAAGGAGCCCCCUACAUGCUGAUCGCCAUAAAAUCAGUAGCAACGGACUUUGACAAGCGUCAAGUCGUUCGACGUACAUGGGGACGAGAAGGUGUGUUCCAGAAAGACGUGAACGUCAGGAGAGUUUUUCUUCUCGGUGUACCCCAAAAUCAAUCAGCGCUUCCAUUAUGGGACAAACUUUUGGGAUAUGAGAGCCACGCUUUUCGCGACAUCCUCCUGUGGGACUUUGAAGACACAUUCUUCAACUUGACACUAAAAGAAAUCCACUUUCUACAGUGGAUCAAUGUGAGCUGUCCCAAAGUAAAGUUUAUUUUUAAGGGUGACGCAGAUGUAUACGUGAACAUUGACAAUAUCCUGGAGAUGCUUGAGGGUCAAAAGAUCGAUAAGGAUCUUUUUGUCGGCGACAUCAUUGUCCACGCGAAACCAAUUCGCCGACGCAACAGUAAGUACUUCAUCCCCGAGUUUAUUUACGGACAGGGGAUCUACCCAUCCUAUGCGGGUGGAGGCGGCUUUGUCAUGUCGGGACAUACCGCAUUGAAGCUCCACCUCGCCUGCAAAGAGGUGGAACUCUUCCCCAUUGAUGAUGUCUUUCUGGGCAUGUGUCUGCUGAGGAUCAACCUUCAGCCGACUCGCCACGAAGGCUUCCGCACCUUUGGAAUUGUGAGACCAUCCGCUGCACCUCACCUCCAGGUCUUCGACCCCUGCUUCUACAGAGAGCUGAUGGUGGUGCACAGCUUGACAGUCCCACAGAUCUGGCUCAUGUGGAACCUUCUGCAUGACCCUAACCUUCAGUGUCAUAGCAGUCAGGAUCCCACGGUCUUUCCCUUUCAAUGGAGAGACAAGAUGGCGGCUAAGAACAAGGCAAAGGAGAAGCUUAGGAACAACGACUAUGGAAUAAAAGUGUUUGUGGAGCAUUAACUCCUAGAAAAUGACUGUACUGUGAAAAUAAAUCAAAAGAGAAAGUGAACACGAGGACAAACUAAAGCGAUAAUUCACCGGCAUGUCAGUCAAACCCAUAUGUAUGGAGACCCCCACAUGACAUGCGGAAGAAAAAAUAGAUAUGUUAAAUUAAAGGGUUAGUUCACCCAAAUGAAAAUUCUGUCAUUAAUUACUCACCCUCAUGUCCAUUCCAAACCCGUAAGACCUUCGUUCAUCUUCGGAACACAAAUUAAGAUCUUUUUUAUGAAAUCUGAGAGCUUUCUGUCCCUCCAUACACAGCCUUCACAACAGAAACUUUGACACUUCAAAAAGUUCAUAAAGAGAUCGUAAAACUGAUCCAUAUGAAUUGAACGGGUUAGUCCAAAUUUUCUAAAGAGACUUUAGAAGAGAUUUAAUUUGGGCUUUUACUCGCAUAUAAACAUUGAUCAGCGAAUAUACACAGAAGCUCAACCGAACCUGAAUGACGCGGAAGAUCAAACCUCUCUUCAGAAAAUUUGGACUAAACCACUCAAUUCAUAUGGAUUUGUUUUAUGAUCUCUUUAUGAACUUUUUGAAGCAUCAAAGUGUCAGUUGCAUAGCUGUCAAUGGAAGGACAGAAUGAUGUCAGAUUUCAUCAAAAAGACUUUCAUUUGUGUUACGAAGAUGAAGGUAAGUCUUACAGGUAUGGAACGACAUGAGGUUGAGUAAUUAAUGACAGAAAUUUCAUUUUUGGGUGAACUAACUCUUUAAGAAUUCGUUUCCACAACUUUAUUGUUAAUAACCAUGUUUUAUUAAUUUGCUCCCAUGUUUUAGUUAAAUCAUGGCCACGUUAUACUAAUUUGUUCGUUUAGUUAAAUAAUGGAUGUGAUUUGACAAUAUCAGUACUGAAUCAGUACAGCAUGGCCACGAUUUACCUAAAUUAACAUGAGGGAACUAAUUACUACAAUGUAGCCACGAUUUACCUAAAAUGAGGGAAACAAUUAAUUAAAGGGUUAGUUCACCAAAAAAUAAAAAUUCUGUCAUUUAUUACUCACGCUCAUGCCGUUCCACACCCGUAAGACCUUCGUUAAUCUUCAGAACGCAAAUUGAGAUACUUUUGUUUAAAUCCGAUGGCUCCGUGAGGCCUACAUAGGGAGCAAUGACAUUUCCUCUCUCAAGAUCCACACUGCUUCAGGAAGCUUCAGAGCAUAAUGAAUCAACAAACACGAAGCAGUGUUUUGAAAUCGGCCAUCACUAAAUAAGUCGUUAUUUUGUUUUUUUUGGCGCACCAAAAAUAUUCUCGUCGCUUUAUAAUAUUAAUAUUGAACCACUGUACUCACAUGAACUGAUUUAAAUAUGUUUUUAGUACCUUUAUGGAUCUUGAGAGAGGAAAUGUCAUUGCUCCCUAAGUAUGUAGGCCUCACGGAGCCAUCGGAUUUAAACAAAAAUAUCUUAAUUUGUGUUCCGAAGAUCAACAAAGGUCUUACGGGUGUGGAACGGCACGAGGGUGAGUAAUUAAUGACAGAAUUUUCAUUUGGGAAGGAAAGUUGUGGGAAUGAAUUUUUAAUUCGUGGCCAUGAUAUCUUGUUUUUCCCCACAUCAUAUGGGGGCUCCGUUUAUAUGACUUCCUUUCAUGAUUUUUUUUUUUUUUUUUUUUUUGAACAUGCUGGAAUGCUCUUUUCUACAAAAAGAAAACAUCUAAUAAACAUCAACUGUCCUCCAAAUGUUCUGAAGCCAUAUGAUAGCUUUGUGUGAGACAAUUAAGUCAUUAUUCACUGAAAAUCUCUGUGAUCUGCAUUGACACACAUAAUAUCUGAAUGUAUCUGAACAUUUCAGGCUUGGAACAACAUGACAAUGAGUAAAUUUUCAAAAUUGUCAUUUUGGACUGUUUAAAAAUUGCUCAAAUAUAAAAUCUAAGAAACAAAAGCUUCUGUAGAUGGUUCUUAUAUCCAACAUUAUAUCUUUUUUUCUUUUUGGAAAUUACUGUAGACUUUGUCUAAAUGCUGAAGAUUAUGCUGUACAGGAAUCGCAAAGUAAUCGGACACAUUUUGUAUGCACAAACUGGACACUAAUGUUAUGCAUUGAAAUGUACUGAAUUAUGUUAUAAUAUAGAACAGACUAUCACUGUAUAUAUAUCCUUUAUUAGACAACUGGCACCACUUCUUUUCUUUGAUUGAUUAGUGUGCUGCAUUGUUUUGGAUGACCUGCUGUCUUUUGGAUUUAGAUUAAACUGAAUUGAACGACUGAAUUCUGAAAGUAGCCUGCUGUAAACAUGAAAAUUAAGUGAAUAAAAAAUGUUUUUUAACAAAAGACAAAAGAUGCCUCCAUUCUUUCCCCCCAUAUUUAUUACAUCCAUUCUUUAAAUAUUUUGUUGAACACACUGUAACAGUUUUAAUGAACAAAAUGCAAAAUUAGCAGUUAAAAAAAAAAAAAUUGAUAAUGCUUUCAGUAGAUUCAACAAGGAAACUAAAAUCCAAUGGUCACAGCAUUGUUGCACCAUUCGGAGCUUUUGACAAACAUAUACCAGACCAUUCCGAUUUAUACUCCAUCAACGCAAAGAUUAUUGCUUUAAAAACAUAACAAAAAGAAACAAACAACAACAAAAAGAUGCCUGAUAAUAUUGAUCUUCGUGUACAUGUUCCUUAAAUCUACAGAAGUAAAAAUAUCUGAGAUACAAAACACCACAUUGCAAUCAAUUUAGAUUUAGACACACACUUUUUUUUAAUCGAGGAUAAGUCCCACUUCCAGAAAUGGGUUAAAUGUACUGAAUCCACAAAAAAUAAUCACUUUUUGGAGGAUGGGGAAGAACAUACAAUAUAGAGAGGGAUACAAUACAUAGCAUUAAUAUGCGCAUUACACUGUAUGGAGGUUGUCCAUUUCUAAUUACAAUCCUCAGGAUGAUCAUUCAUUCAUUCAUUCCGAUGCAAAAAUAGGAUAAAGUCUGAAGAAGAAACAAUACAGCCAAAACCCAUUUGAUGAAAAGAAAGCAUUCACUUGCUCCUGGCAUUAAAAAAAAAUCAUCCACCUGAGAUUGGGCAGGCAAUCAGCCCAUCAGACCACACUCCCCCCUCAGUUACACUCCCUAAAUGACACUAAAAAGCGGUUGUGUUAUUCCUUCUUGACAACGGAGAUUCCAAUUGUGCAUCUAAUCAGUUUGCUUUAAGAUCUAACCAUAUUUAAAGUGGAACUCCACACCAGUUUCAAAAAGUACAAAUUGUAUUACGACAGAAACACCACAACCACUUUGCGAACUUCAAAAUCACGAAGGGUCAUCUACAGUUUCAAUUUAAAUACAUUGAACACAGUAAACUAGCCCUUCAUGAAAAGAGUUCAAUACCCAACAAGUUGUUUUUUUUUUUCUCUUCCUCUAAUAUUCAGGUACGUUUUCGGAAAACAAAAAGACUAUGACUAUCAAUUUAGCUUUACAUGCUCAGACAUACACAAAGCAGUUCAAACUAUUUCAUUUACAGAGAAAAAGUCAAGACAGACUCGGUGGGAGAUGAGGCACAAUGUUAAUAGCAUCUUUCUUGUAAAAGACCAAAAGCUAAGGGUAAAAUAUAUUAAAAACACCACUGACGGUCUUCCAGCGCAGUUAAUGAGAAGUUAAUGUAACAGAAAGCUAAAAAAAUGCCCGAAUUAGCCUGAACCACACACUGCAGAAGCCUGAAGGGAGGUGGGCAUGACAGUCAUGGGUGGUUACGCUGCCAGGCAGCAAAGCAAUGAACAGUAGUUUGAGGUGAACAAACCAUCUACUGAAGUUAAAAUGCUCUAGUCAGCUCCGACAGUGGCUACUCCAUCCAGGACAACAAUCGAGGGAAGCUGCUAUAGUGUCCCUGGCAAAGAAAACCAGAAACUCUCAGUGUGUUAGCAGUCUAGGGGAGUUCAAAACAUCAGCUGAUCUGAUAUGGUACCGUUAGGGCAACAAAACAAUGAAAAUUCUGCACGCUAUUUACAGAUCUGUACAGACAUGGACACACCGUGCUUGAGAAAACAUCACAUCUACUUGCUAUGGAAACAACGGCAACAAAUCUGUAGAGUAGAAAGCAAUAGAGAAAGCUUCAAAUCAAAAAGCAAUUAAAAAUUGAUCGAGUUGCUAUGCUAAAAACAAUUCAGGGACUUAAUAGAUCAAAUCAAAAAGGGAAUGUUCUUACACUGUGGAUAUUAAAAGUGACAGAGAUCUAACUGUUGUUUCUUCUUUGGCUAAUGAUUUGGCAAUCAGGCGACAAAACAAUUCUGCAGUUAAGACUUUAAGAUACUGAACAAGGUAAAAGAACGUCACAUCUUUCUACUUUGCACAAAAUAAAAGGACGCAAACAGAACUGACGGCAUGACAUCCAGUGGGAAAAAGAAACAGCGAUGGGUGGAUGGCUUUUCUCUCCAGUCUGGGUUGCAACUCGCUUUGAAAUCCAGAUUGCACGUCGUCGUUCCCUCCCCCGCCGUCCUUUCUCUCUGAGACUCGCAAUUAAAACGUUCCUCAGUGGACAGGAGACAAUUAUCAAGUAAAUUAGGUGUAUUUUAGUGCAAAUGUUCAAAACUAAUGCGCUCAUGAACAACAAAACAAUAACGGAAUCAAUGUAAGCGGGUGUACGGCAUUGAAAUGGGAGGUAAUCUGUGCUGUUGACUUGGUAUGAAAUGGGUUUAUGAAUCAAUAUGUUGUGCAUGUGAGCCUGCUCAUGUGCCACAAGAACAUUUUCACAGCACUGGAUCCACACUGUGCUAGCUUGUGCUUGUAACCUUACGUAAAUGCAUACAAAACACACUCAUCAUUGAAUUUACGCGGCAAAAGUUUGUCCUCUUUUGACUUUGUUCUCAUCCUCUGCGCAUCGGAAAGCAAAUGAAGUCGAAUGCAUGUGCGUUUUUGUUAAAGUGUUUAGCGUGCAGGGGAGAAAUCGGUUCAAUGUUUGCCCUUUGGUGCGUCUGGUAUGGAAAUUUAGAAGGUUGGGCAAAAAAAAAAAAAAAAAAGAAUACACAAA